AUGGAAUAUAAUUCUAAUUAUUUUUUCAAUUCUACUAUUAAAGAGCAAAGAGAAUUUUGGAAUAGAAAUUUUCAUAUUUUAUUGAAGAAUCAUGAAAAUUUUGAGAUACAAAAUGAUAAUUGUACUAGUUUUUAUAAGAGAAGCAAGAUUCUUAAAAAAUGGAUACCUCGAUUUUAUUCUGUAUAGGGCAAUUAUUUAUUGUAUGGUGAUAGGGUACAUUUAUACCAUUAUCAAGAAUCUCAAAGGUUUUAGAAAGCUAGAUUGUGUAUACUUGAUGUCUAGUAUAGAAGGAGGCCCCUAUAAAUAUAAAUUGGAGUUGACUUACAGUGGUUUUACUUUAGAAUUGUACACUGAUCAAAAGAAGGAUUAUGACAGUUUUAAGGGAACUCUCUAAUCACAUUGCAUUUUAACUGAUUUUCAUACUUAAUAUACGUUAUUAAGAUAGAUAGGAUUUGGAUCUAGUGCUCAAGUAUAAUAUACCAAUUUUCGUAUAGGUCUACAUAGCCAGAAGUAAUUACGAUUUGCAACUCUAUGCCAUCAAAAGAGUUCAAAAAAAUUAUACAGUCAAAUAAAAAAAAUUUGAAUAAGAAUAAGCAUUGCGAAACGAAAUUUAAAUAAUGAAGGAACUUAAUCAUCCAAAUAUCAUUUCAUUCUAUUCAGUGUUUGAAACUAAUAGUACUUAUAAAUUCUAUGUUUAAAGAACAUAUAAAUUUUGUUUUAGAAUUAAUUCAAGGGGGAGAAUUACUUAAGUAGGGAUAAUACAAAAGCAUUAGAGACGCAAGAAUUGUUGCUAAGCAACUAGCUUUAUGUUUGGAUUACAUGCAUUAGAAAGGUAUAAUGCAUAGAGAUUUGAAACCAUAAAACAUUUUAUGCAAAUCUAAUUCCCUUGACAUAUUGAUUGCUGAUUUUGGUUUGGCCACUUACAUCAAGGAUUAAAAGCAAUAGUAUUAUCGUUGUGGAACCACUGGAUAUGUAGCUCCAGAAGUCCUAAUGUAUAAAGAGGGUUCUAAGAUGUACAAUGAAAAAUGCGAUAUCUUUAGUCUUGGAGUCAUAUUCUAUCAAUUGUAUCUAUUUAAAAAAUAAAAGGAUUUUCAAUGUUCACCCCUUCAAAGACAGCACCAAAGCAGGGAUGUUGAAAAAGAAUUUAGUCGCUGACUAUAAGUUGGAUGAUCAAACAAGAGCACCUUAGAGUUGUAAGGAUCUUAUUGCUUCUAUGUUGAGAGUGAAUCCAAAGUAAAGACCUUCAGCUUCUUAAAUUUUAAGACAUGAUUUCUUUAAUGAAGCAUUAAAUGAGUUGUCUUAUCCAAGUUUGAUUGGCUCUUUUCAAGAGUAUAUAAAUUUAUUAUUAUACUUAGUAUAAGUGAUCAGAAGAAAUCAGGUCAAUCCUUUAAUUCUCAAGUAGGGGAAUUAAAAUUAUCAACAUUUCAAAAGAAUGGUCAAGUGUCUAUUUUUGAAAAAAUGCCAUUAAAUAUUAAAUCGGCAAAUCAGAGUUUGGAAUUUAAAGAACUCUCUCCUCUUUGGAAUAAAAGGAUUACUUUAUAAUAACCAUUAACCUAACCAAGAUCUAAAGCUCAAUCGAUGUAGACGAAUAGAAACUUCGAUAUUAGAAGCUAAAAAGUAUCCAUAUUUCAAUAACAUUCUAAAAAUUCAGAUAAUGAUAUUGAAUAUCAUUAAGUCCCUUAUUAAACCAUAAGCAAUAGAUGUACUAUUAAAAAUAAAUGA